AUGGAAAGCUCGCAUUGGCAAAUGUGUUUCCACGACACAUGCUUCCCAAAAAUCUGGAAUGCCGUCCGGGUGCCCAAGAAUACAAAUUCUCUCAUUGCCGUUACUGUUGAGAAAGAUAUGUACACAGUCUUCAAGGAUGAUGCUUCGAGUGCCGCCUUUGAAAGGGGCACACUCAUAUCUCACACGGGUUCUGUUCACCCGUCGCAUGGCCCCAGGAUCAUCCACAAUACAGCCGACGCGGAUGAAGCGGAAACCCGCGUCUUUUCCCCCUUGCCGUACGAUAGACUUUCUGGAAUUAACGAGCCCGUUUGCGCAACCGCGGGAAAAGAAGGACCUGCUACAGUUCCUUGA